AUGGCUUCUGUUCAAGCACCGCCUGCCGUCCAGCUCCCUGGCGCCGGCAUGGCAGCCACCACACCUCAACAGGCCCAGGAGAUAUUUAACAAAUUCAAGCAGAUGAGAGAAAGUGGCGUCCCGAACACCGAUCCCGAAUACAUCAAGGCCGAACAGUUCGUCUUGUCCUUCCAACAACAAGCCCGUAUGCGACAGAAGCAACAACAAUUUCUGCAGCAACAGCAGCAAAUGCAGCGACAGAUGCAACAGGCUGGCCCCAACGGUGCUGUCAAUGGCGCGCAGCCUGGCCAACAGCAGCAGCCUCAACCAACACAACCUCCAUCAUCUACCGCCCUUGGUGCCUCUGCACUGCCGGCACAGACCUCAAAUAAUGCCGCCGCGUCUGGAUCACCAGCCACUGCAGCCCCGUCUGCUGGACCUGGAGCUGGCCAGUUCAACCCGCAGCAGCUGAGUCUGCUUCGUCAGCAGAUUCAUGCAUUCAAGCUCUUGACAAAGAACGCUGGAGUACCCCUGCCGAUGCAGCAGGCUAUCUUCGCUCAGCGUGAGCGCCGCAAGGCCAUCGCCGCAGAAGCCGCCGCCCAUGCUGCUUCAUCAACACCAAAAGCGCCAUCUCGCGACUCCGCCCAGCCCGGUUCCGCUGCUGGUGAGCCGAAGCCCGAAUCUGUGCCAGAGGUUCAAGGUCCAACUUUCAAGACCGUCAAGGCCCCAUACGAUGACCCUACCUUGGUUCGCAAAUCCAUCAGUCACUUUGAACACACACAGCGCAAGAACCGCAAGCUUAUCCCUGGCCUGUUCCCGACUGGAGUGGACUUCGAACAUCUGCGAUAUGAGCGUGAAUUAGUUGUCUUCAACCGCAUGAGAGAUCGCUAUGCCGAGCUGAGAGCUACCCCGGCGAACAUUGCUCACUGGGAUGCCACCAAGGAGAAUGUUGAGCUUGACGACAGUGCCAAGGUCAAAGCCAUCAUCGAAAUGAAGAGUCUAGGUCUCUAUGCAAAGCAGCGCGCAUUGAGAGAUAAGAUAGGCCGUUCCAUGAUGUUCUACGACAACCUCGCUAUGACGACUAAUCGAUCUGGAUACCGCCGUACAAAGAAGAUGACUGUUCGUGAGGCUAGAAUUACUGAGAAGUUGGAGAAGCAGCAGCGAGACAUUCGCGAAAACCGGGAGAAGAAGAGGCAUAUCGACUUCCUCCAAGCUAUUACUCAACAUCGCAACGAGAUCCAGCAAACCGCAUCCAGUCAGCGCAACAAGUCCAACAAGCUCAACAAACUCAUGUUUGCACAGCAUUACAACAUCGAGAAGGAAGAGCAGAAGAGAAUUGAGCGCACUGCGAAGCAGCGUCUCCAGGCUCUUAAGGCUAACGACGAGGAGGCUUAUCUCAAGUUGCUCGACGAAGCCAAGGAUACCCGUAUCACCCACCUUCUCAGGCAGACCGAUGGUUUCUUGCGCCAGCUUGCUGCGUCUGUCAAGAGCCAGCAACGGAAGGCCCAACAAGAGCAGUUCGACGACGAGAUCCAAGAAGAGGAAGAGGAGCCCAGUGAAGUGGACAGCGACGACGAAGAAAGCGCACGGAAGAUCGACUACUAUGCUGUGGCUCAUCGCAUCAAGGAAGAGGUCACAGAGCAAGCCAAUAUUUUGGUCGGUGGUACUCUCAAGGAGUACCAAAUCAAGGGUCUGCAGUGGAUGAUCUCGCUCUACAACAACAACCUCAAUGGUAUCCUUGCCGACGAGAUGGGUCUCGGUAAAACCAUUCAGACAAUCAGUCUGGUCACCUACCUGAUUGAGCGCAAGAAGCAGGAAGGCCCGUACCUCGUCAUUGUGCCCCUCAGUACUCUCACCAACUGGACCUUAGAGUUCGAAAAGUGGGCGCCGUCCGUGUCCAAGAUUGUGUACAAGGGCCCGCCUCUGGCCAGAAAGCAGCAGCAGGAUAAGAUCCGCCAGGGACGGUUCCAAGUUCUGUUGACCACCUACGAGUACAUUAUCAAGGACCGUCCGAUCUUGAGUAAAAUCAAGUGGUUCCACAUGAUUAUCGACGAAGGUCAUCGCAUGAAGAACCAGAACUCCAAGUUGACGUCCACGAUUCAGCAGUACUACCACACCCGAUUCCGCCUUAUUUUGACUGGAACGCCGCUGCAGAACAAUCUUACUGAACUGUGGGCCAUGCUCAACUUCACGCUCCCGACCAUUUUCAAGUCAGCUAAGACCUUCGAUGAAUGGUUCAACACGCCUUUUGCCAACACGGGAGGUCAAGACAAGAUGGACCUCACGGAAGAAGAGCAGAUUCUCGUCAUUCGCCGUUUGCACAAAGUGCUGCGUCCAUUCCUGCUUCGUCGUUUGAAGAAGGAUGUCGAGAAGGACCUGCCGGACAAGACAGAAAAGGUUAUCAAGUGCAAGUUCUCGGCUCUCCAAUCCAAGCUGUACAAGCAGAUGGUCACCCACAACAAGAUUCUCGUCAGCGACGGACAGGGUGGCAAGACUGGUGCUCGUGGUCUGAGCAACAUGAUUAUGCAGCUCCGAAAGCUUUGCAACCAUCCGUUCGUAUUCGACGAGGUCGAAAAUCUGCUGAACCCGAUGAACGUCAGCAACGAUCUGCUGUGGAGAACAGCUGGCAAGUUUGAGCUGCUGGACCGCAUUUUGCCCAAGUACAAGGCGACUGGCCAUCGUGUGCUCAUGUUCUUCCAGAUGACAGCCAUCAUGGACAUUAUGGAGGACUAUCUCAGGUACCGCAACAUGAAGUAUAUGCGUCUGGAUGGUACGACUAAGUCAGACGAGCGUUCCGACUUGUUGCGCGAGUUCAACGCCCCCAACUCCGAGUACUUCAUGUUCCUGCUCUCCACACGUGCUGGUGGUUUGGGUCUGAACUUGCAGACUGCUGACACUGUCAUUAUCUACGAUUCUGAUUGGAACCCUCAUCAGGAUUUGCAAGCCCAGGAUCGUGCUCAUCGUAUUGGUCAAAAGAACGAGGUGCGAAUCUUGCGUCUCAUUAGCUCCAACUCUGUUGAAGAGAAGAUUCUUGAGAGAGCCAGGUUCAAGCUUGACAUGGACGGCAAGGUUAUUCAGGCCGGUCGUUUCGACAACAAAUCUACGGAGACAGACCGUGAUGCCAUGCUGCGAACACUCCUCGAGACUGCCGAUAUGGCUGAAACGGGCGAGCAGGACGAGAUGGACGAUGAUGAGCUCAACAUGCUUCUGGCUCGUAACGACGAUGAGAUCGGUGUCUUCCAGAAGAUAGAUGAAGAACGCAGGAAUGAUCCGAUCUACGGCGACGGACCCGGCAAACAGGCCAAGCCUCGUCUAAUGGCUGAGGAUGAACUGCCCGAUAUUUAUCUUGGCGACGGAACCGUUAUCGAAGAGGAGCAAGAGACCAGUCUGGGACGUGGAGCUCGUGAGCGCACGAAGGUCAAAUACGACGAUGGUCUAACCGAGGAGCAGUGGCUCAUGGCAGUGGACGAUGACGAUGACUCUCCCGAAGCCGCGGCCGCCCGGAAGCAAGCUCGCAAGGACAAGCGAGAGACCAACAAGCUCAAGAGGACCGCCAUCAUGAACGCCGCCGAGGCAUCGCCUUCCGCUAGCCGCGCCAGCACUGAAGAGGUGGAGACACCGAAGAAGAGGGGCCGCAAGCCGGGCAGCAAGAACCAGGAGAAGCGUAAAGCAGAGGAGGGUGACGAUGAGCCCCCUGCCAAGAAGCGUCGCGGUCCCCAGGGCAGACCCAAAGCCGUGUCCGUGUCUGCGGUCGCUGAUGUCCCACGUGUUAAUCCCCACCAACGUCAAGUCCUGCAGACCAGUCUGCGUGCUCUCUACGAUGGCAUGAUGAAUCUCGAAGUCGAUGAUCCUGAGCCGCCUGAGGAGGAGGAUGACGACGAGUCAGUGGCGGGCAAGCGCAUUAUCAUUGGACCGUUCCUGGUACUGCCUCCCAAGCGCGACUACGCCGACUACUACUUGAUCAUCCAGAACCCCAUCUCGAUGAAACAAAUCGAGACCAAGAUCAAGAAGAAUCAGUACUACAGCUUGAGCGAGAUGCGCAAGGACGUCGAUCUGAUGUUCAACAACUGCCAGACGUACAACGAGGAGGCAUCGCUGCUCUACCAGGAUGCCCAAGUUCUUCAGAAAUUCUUCCAUGCAGAGCUUGAAAAGGAGCUUGAGAAGCAUUCCGAGCUACGAGAGCUUGAAAGUGAAAUAGCGGCCAACAAGGAGGGGUCUGCGGCGCCGAGCGCUAGUGCGAGCGUUGGGACACCUCAACCGACAACCUCUGGCACUAGAAUCAAGCUCAUCUCGUCAACAAACGGCACGAAAGAAGCAAAUGGCAGUGCCAACGGAGCUCAAAGCGAUGAGGAUUAG